CUUGCCGGCGCCGCGACGGAUGUGACGUCAGGAUGGGCACCGCGGCGGGUUGCAGCCGGAAGCGCAGGUGGCUGCGGAGCGGGUGGGCGCGAUGCGGCUGGGCGCUGGUACCUUCGCUGCCUGUUGCGUGGCCAUCGAGGUGCUCGGGGUCGCCAUCUUCCUCCGGGGUUUUUUCCCGGUUCCCGUUCGUUCCUCGGCCGGGACAGGGCAGCAGUCCGAGCUCCCAGCGCCCGAGCCUUCGGCGGGAGCCACUUCCAACUGGACCAAGCUCCCACCACCUCUCUUUAGUAAAGUUGUUAUUGUGCUGAUAGAUGCCUUGAGAGACGACUUUGUGUUUGGCCCAAAGGGUAUGAAGUUCAUGCCAUAUACAACUUACCUGGUGGAAAAGGGGGCAUCUCACAGUUUCGUGGCUGAAGCAAAGCCUCCCACAGUUACUAUGCCUCGAAUCAAGGCACUGAUGACUGGAAGCCUCCCGGGUUUCAUCGACAUCGUCAGGAACCUCGACUCUCCUGUGCUCCUGGAAGACAGCGUGAUAAGACAGGCAAAGGCAGCUGGGAAAAGAAUCGUCUUCUAUGGAGAUGAGACAUGGGUUAAAUUAUUCCCAAAGCACUUUGCAGAAUAUGACGGAACAACCUCAUUUUUUGUGUCCGAUUAUACGGAGGUUGAUAAUAAUGUCACGAGGCAUUUGGACCAAGUCCUGAAACGAGGUGACUGGGACAUGCUGAUCCUCCACUACCUGGGCUUGGACCACAUCGGCCACGUUUCUGGGCCCAACAGCCCCCUGAUUGGACACAAGCUCCGUGAGAUGGACGGUGUCCUCAUGAAGAUUCAUACCUCAUUGCUGUCCCAGGAGAAAGAGCGCGCUUUACCAAGUCUGCUGGUUCUGUGUGGGGACCAUGGCAUGUCAGACACAGGGAGUCACGGCGCCUCUUCCAUGGAGGAAGUGAGCACACCUCUGAUUUUCAUCAGCUCUGCAUUUGAGAGAAAACCUGGUGGCAUCCGGCAUCCAGUACGCGUCCAGCAGACCGAUUUGGCUGCCACACUAGCCAUAGGACUGGGUUUGCCGAUUCCCAAGGACAGUGUUGGGAGCCUGUUGUUCCCAGUUGUGGAAAGAAGGCCAAUGCGAGAACAAUUGAGGUUCUUACACUUAAAUACUGUCCAGCUUAGCAAACUACUGCAGGAGAAUGUGGCCACCUACGAAAAAGAACCUGCAUUUGAGCAGUUUAAAAUGUCAGAGCGGCUGCAUGGGAACUGGGUCCGACUAUACCUGGAAGAAGGCCGCUCCGACGUGAUCCUGGGGCUGGGGACCAAAGUAGUGAAGCAGUACCUGGAGGCACUGAAGACGCUGAGCACGGCGCUGAGCACACAGGGGGCCCAAUAUGACGUCUACUCUAUGGCCAUGGGCACUGCCAUGGUGCUGGAGGUGCUGGCUCUGCUCCUCCUGAGCACCCCACAGGCCCUGCGCCCUCAGGCUGAGCUCCAAGUCCCUCUGCUGUCACCCGCCUUCUCCCUGCUCUUUUAUUUGGGGUUCUUGGCUCUGUCUGCUGUCCAUGUCGUCGUGUGCACCUCAGUGGAGAACUCCUGCUACCUCUGCAGCCUCUCAUGGCUGGCGGCGGGCGGCGUGAUGCUGCUGGUCUCUGCUCUGCUCUGUGCAGCCAUGUCAGCCCUUGUCAAGGCCUGCCAAGCCGGAGAUCUGCGGAAGCACCCUGCCCGCCCCCGCCCGAGGUGGUCGGAACUGGAGCUUCUCCUGCUGCUGGGGACGCUGGGCCACAUGCUGAGUCUUGGUGCUAGCAGCUUCGUGGAGGAAGAACACCAGACCUGGUACUUCCUGGUCAAUACCCUGUGCCUGGCCCUGAGCCAGCAGAUGCACCGGAGCUUCCUGGAGGACGACCAGGCCGUGCCCACACUGCCCACAGCAGAUGUGGCCUGCAAGGUACAGGCUCGGCCAGUGCUCCCCGGGGACCUGCGCAAGUGGACCGUGCUGGCGAGCCCAUGGCUGGUCCUUGUCUGCUGCCGGAUGCUGCGGUCCCUGAACCAGACUGGGGUGCAGUGGGCCCACCGGCCCGACCUCGGCCACUGGCUCACCAGCUCUGACCACAAAGCUGAGCUCUCUGCCCUGGCCGCCCUGUCCCUCCUCGUGAUAUUCCUGCUGACCCAGAGGGGCUGUUCCCCCGUGUCCAAGGGGGCCCUGGCACUUGGGCUGCUGGGUGUCUACUGUUACAGGGUGGCUGUUGGAAACCUGCUGUUCCCAUGGCGACCAGACAGCAGAGCCAUCUCAAAGGGCAUUAUUGAAGCUCGUUUUGUUUAUGUCUUUGUCCUUGGCAUUCUGUUCACGGGCACCAAAGACUUGCUGAGAUCCCAAGUGCUUGCUGCUGAGCACAAGAUCAAGACCAUGGGUUUGUGGGAGAUCUUCAGUGGCUUGAUUCUACUGGCCGCACUGCUCUUCAGGCCGCACAAUCUUCCGGUUCUGGCACUCAGCCUUCUGACUCAGGCUGUUCUGGCCAACUUUGUCUGGAAGCCGCUGGGACACAGUGCUGUGGAGGUCACUGUGAUGCACUACUGGUUUGGCCAAGCCUUCUUCUAUUUUCAGGGCAACUCCAACAAUAUUGCCACGGUAGACAUUUCCACUGGCUUCGUGGGUUUCGACAGCUAUGCAGAGGCCCCAGCUGUGCUACUGACAGCAUUUGGCACCUUUGCAGGGCCCCUGCUGUGGGCCAGCCACCUGGUGCACUUCCUGAGCUCUGAGGCCAGCAGCGGCACAGCGCUGGGCCAUGCAGGUUUCUGCUAUGCGUUGGCAGGCUCAGCAUCUGCAGCCAUCUACCUGGUCCUGGUGACAGCGCUACGCUACCACUUGUUCAUCUGGAGUGUGUUCUCGCCCAAGCUGCUCUAUGAGGGGGCGCGGCUGCUUCUCACUGCCGCUGUCUGCGCCUUCUGCUCAGCCAUGGACCACACUGGAACCAGCGGGGCCUAGGUAGGCACUGGGCACCCACAAGGAACCUCAGGCAGAUGCUCGCAGGGCAACAUUUUUCAUGGGAGUGGAGCAGUGGAGCCAUGAGCACUUCAGCGUCUCCACUGUCAGCAGUGACAGUUGCUUGGUCUGCCUCCGACUCAUGUCUCCCGUGAUGGAACGGUUCUGGCCAGAAAGCUGGAGGAGCCUUU